UAGAUAUGAGGCACCGUGCCAGCAUCAGCCUUAUCUCCACCACAUCUUAUAAAAGGGACUAUCCAGGGCCCUGAUGAACACCAUGGUAUGUGCAGGAGUAGAGGUUGGAGGCAGGGACUCCUGUGAGGUCAGAGCCAGAGAGGGCCAUCACGGAUGGGGAGGAGGCUGUGGACUGGCUUGAGAAGUACAAUGUAGUUGUGUUUGAUUUCCUUGACCAGAUAAAGUGCUGGGUAUAGGACUGAUAAUGGAGAAUGAGGCUGGGCGCGGUGGCUCACGCCUAUAAUCCCAGCACUUUGGGAGGCCGAGGCGGAUGGAUCACGAGGAGAGAUCGAGACCAUCCUGGUCCACAAGGUGAAACCCCGUCUCUACUAAAAAUACAAAAAUUAGCUGGGCAUGGUGCUGCGUGCCUGUAGUCCCAGCUACUCGGGAGGCUGAGGCAGGAGAAUUGCUUGAACCCAGGAGGCGGAGGUUGCAGUGAGCCAAGAUCGUGCCAUUGCACUCCAGUCUGGGUAACAACAGCGAAACUCCGUCUCAAAAAAAAAAGAAAAAAGAAAAUGGAGAAUGAAGACCAGUCAGAAUGGAGGGUCAGGUUGGAGUUGAGUUACAGAUAGGGUAAAAUUGUGCUUUGGAUGAGCUUGGGAUUGACAAUUUAAAGGUGGUUUGGGGUGGCAUGGCUUUGGGAUGGAAAUAGGUUUGUUUUUAAUGUUGGCUGGGAAGUGUGUGGGGAUUGAACUGGGGAUGAGGUAAGUUUGGUUUUGGAGAUAGAAUAUAUGGAGGCGGCUAUUGCGUGCGAGGAUGUGUAUUCGUUUGGUUUGAUAUUUAAAUGAAGGAAGACGUUAGGGUUGUCUUGAAUGAGAUUAAGUUGUGUUGGGUUGAUGGGUUGGGCUUGUGUGUCAUGUGGUUACAUUGGGUUGUGUUAAAUAGGUUUGGAUCACGUUUUGGUUGAGGGUAUGAUGGAAAUGAGGAUACAUUUGAGACACUGGAUUCAGGUGGUUCUCAUUCACACUGAGGGAGAUUUUUUUCAGAUGGUCAUUCCAGGGAACCUGUGGUUGUGUAGAAGUCAGGCCAUUGGCUAUGUAUGUCUCUCUACAUAGUACUCUGGUCUUGAAUUGUGAUUCUCUAUGCCCACUUCUGUCUCCUUCACUGUACUUGGAAUUUAUCUUGUCAUUCAGCUGGAAAUGAGGAACAAUUUUGUCAAAUUCUUGAGACACAACUGGGCCUGGAUCAGUGUGAGCUGCUCUGGUUUUACAGAACAGAUGAAAUAACCAUUUCCCCCCCCCAAAAAUCUAAAAAAUCUUAUAGAGUUAACAUUAACAGUGAACUCUAUGAGUUACCUGAGUUAACACCAGGACUCUUGUUCUUGAUUCUUUUCUGAGACACCAAAAUGAGAUAUUUUUCAAUGCCACCCUAAUUUUUUUUUUUUUUUUUUUUUUUCUUUUGAAACACAUCUGGGUCUUUUGCUCUGUCACUCAGGCUGGAGCGCAAUGGUGUGAUCAUAGCUCACCAAACCUUUGACCUCCUGGACUUAAGGGAUCCUUUUGCUUUAGUCUCCUGAGUAGAUGGGGCUACAAGUGCUUACCACCACACCUGGCUAAUGUAAAACUUUUUUUUCUUUUUUUAGAGAUAGGGUUUCAUUUGUUGCCCUGACUAAUCCUAAGCUUCUGACUUCAAGUGAUUCUUCAGCCUUGGACUCCCAAAGCACUGGGAUUGCUGGCAUGAGCCACUCGCUGUGCCUGGCUUGCAACUUAAUCCUGAAGUGUAUAAACCUGGCUCCUGAUAGCUACGCAUUUCAUUGAGAAAGGGGCAUUGGAUUUUGCAUGAGGACAAUUCUAACCUAGGAGGGCAGGUCAAUAGGAAUUCCUGUUGUAUGAAUAGAGUGCAUAGGCGUGGACAAUGAGGAGUGAGGAGCCACCAGAACCCUACAUUGUUUAGUGGACAUUGGAUUUUGAAUAAUAGGGAACUUGGUCUGGGAGACUCAUUUCUGGAUUGGAGAAUAUGUGGUAUCACAAGGUUUUUGUUUUUGUUUUUUGAGACGGAGUUUCACUCUAUUGCCCAGGCUGGAGUACAGUUGCAUGAUCUCGGCUCACUGCAACCUCCACCUCCCAGGUUCAAGUGAUUCUCCUGCCUCAGCCUCCCAAGUAGCUGGGAUUACAGGUGCCCACCACCACGCCCAGCUAAUUUUUUUUGUAUUUUUAGUAGAAAUGGGAUUUAACCAUGUUGGCCAGGCUGGUCUUGAAUUCCUGACCUCAGGUGAUCUGCCCACCUUGGCCUCCCAAAGUGCUGGGAUUAUAGACAUGAGCCACCAUGCCCGGCCUGUAUCACAAGGUUUUAUCAUGAAAGGAGGAAUAUGUGUGUGGAACUAUUUUCUGAUGUGAAAGUGUGAGAAACAGAGAGUACUGAAUGCCAAGGCUCCUAUUUCAGAAACAUGAUAAGUUUGAGGUCUAGUUUCUGGGCUCAGACUGGUAUAGGGACCAGGAAGUCUCACAACCCCAUGAUUCUGAUAUUUCAGGGCACAUUAUGCCUUGGGGUGCAAAGGAGUUACUUGGGAUUUAGGCACAUGAGACUUUGUAUUGAGAAUCACUGAUCGGGGCUGGCCAUGGUAGCUCAGGCCUGUAGUCCCAUUGCUUUGGGAGGCCAAAGUGGGAGGAUCGCUUGAACCCAGGAGUUGGAGACCAGCCUAGGCAACAUAACCAGACCCUCUUUCUACAAGAAAAUAAAAAUUAACUGGAUGUGGUGGUACAUGCCUGUGGUCUCAGCUAUUCUGGAGGCUGAGACAGAAGAAUAGCUUGAGUCUGUGAGUUCAAGGCUACACUGAGCUGUGAUCACGACACUGUACUCCAGCCUGGGCAACAGAGUGAGACUCUCUCAGAAUUUUUUUUUUUAAUCAAGAAUCAGUGAUCAUCCCAAACCCUGUUGCUGUUCAUCCUGGGCCUGCCUGCUCUGGCUUUGUCCCCUGGAUCAUGUCUCCAUGACCUACAGGCCCUGCCUAAUCUGGCCUCACACCUUGGGAAUGUAUCCAGACUGAUCUAAUAUGUGCAGAACAACAAGUGCUGUCUCUCCCUCCCCUUCCACAGCUCUGGGUGUGGGUGGGGGUUGUCCAGCCUCCAGCAGCAUAGGAAGGGCCUUGGUCAGCAUCUGGGUGCCAGCAGGGCAGGGGUGGAGUCCUGGGGAAUGAAGGCUUUAUAGGGCUCCUCAGGGAGGCUCCCUAGCCCCAAGCUUACCACCUGCCCAUGGACACCUGUGUCAGCAUACGGUUCCUGGUUCUCUCCAUCACCCUGUCUGUGGGGUUCACUGGUGAGAUGGGGGAUAAAGGAAGAGGAGUGGGUUCUGACUCUUAUGCUAAAGCCCUUUCCCUCCCACCCAGCGCUCCAGCCUUAUCCCUUCAGCCCACAGUUCACCCCAGACAAUGUGCCCCAGUUCCUCCACAUUGUAGUAGUCCUCAGGCCUACACUAGGUCCCCACUCCCUCCUACUUACCCCAGAACUUUCUCCCCAUUGCCCAGCCAAAUCCCCAUUCGCACCUGCUUUACUAAAGGGGAAAUUCCUGGGCACCUCUAUGUUUCUCUUUAUGGGGCUCAAAACCUUUUAAGAACCUCUCUCAAUGCCGGUGGUCACUGGAACCCUAUCAUUGGGCUGCCUCCUGAGCCCCUCAGUCAUGCCAGUCUACUGACUUUUCCCGUUCAGCUGUGAGCAUUCAACCCUGUCCCCCGGACCUUGACACCUGGCCUCCCAGUCCUGUCCCAGGAAACCCAGAUUCCACCAGACACUUCCUUCUUCCCCGCAGAGCUAUCUGGACUGAGACAACAAAUGCCGUCCCACCCUAGUCUGGCACUGGGACUCAGAACUGCUCCUUCCCCGACUCUGCCCAGACACUUCAUUCAGUGGCCAGCCUUUUCCCUAGGAGAAAACACGAGCACCCCCAACCACAACUGCCAGUUCUCAGAUUCCCGAAAUCUGCACCCUUUUCAAAACCUCAGAAAUCGAAUAAAAAACAACUCAGGCAGAACUGUUUGCUUAACCGUGGACAUGGUAAACUCUGUAAAACCUUCCUCUCCCAGCAACUAAACGUCUCCAUAGGGCACUUAUCCCUGGUUUCUGGAACCCUUUAUUCUCUCACAACCCACGUCUUCCACCACAGUUUCCCUUCUCCCAGUGCAAAACCCUAAAUCACUGCAAAUGACCCAGCCCCCAGCCUGAUGCUUGCUCCAGAUGCUGUCCUAUGUCCCUGACUCUGAUCUCUGGGGUCAGCUCUGCUCUCGGAGCAUGAAGUCUCCCCACCUGGCCCAGCCACCAACCCGCCAAUGCAGGGAAUAGCUACAGAAUUCCCAGCCCUCCCAGCACCCCUUAUUUGUGUGAUUCCCAGUCCUGGUCCUCCACCCGUAUGUCUCUUCAAACCCACAGCUCAGCUCCCUCCUCCAUCUAACUCUUCUAGCCCCUCCUGUCAAUCUGAUCCCCCCUGACCCAGCACCCCUCUGCAGGUGCCGAGCCUCUCAUCCAGUCUCGGAUUGUGGGAGGCUGGGAGUGUGAGAAACAUUUCCAACCCUGGCAGGUGGCUGUGUAUAGUCAUGAAUGAGCACACUGUGGGGGUGUCCUGGUGCACCCCCAGUGGGUGCUCACAGCUGCCCAUUGCAGAAAGGAGUAAGUAGCAGCCUGGGAUGUGGGAAGGGAAUGUCUGUGUCCCACAGGAAUCACAACUGGGUACUUCCCCCGUGGUCACUUCUCCAGAAUAGCCAGUUCUGGCUGGGUUGGCACAACCUGUUUGAGCCUGAAGACACAGGCCAGAGCAUCCCUGUCAGCCACAGCUUCCCACAUCCGCUGUACAAUAUGAGCCUUCUGAAACAUCAAAGCCUUAGUCCAGAUGAAAACUCCAGCCUCGACCUCAUGCUGCUCAGCCUGUUGGAGCCUGCCAAGAUCACAGACACUGUGAAGGUCCUGGGCCUGCCCACCCAGGAGCCAGCACUGGGGACCACCUGCUACCCCUCAGGCUGGGGCAGCAUCCAACCGAAGGAAAUCUUGCACCCAAAGAGUCUUCAGUAUGUGAGCUUCCAGUGUGCCAGAGCUUACUCUGAGAAGGUGACAGAGUUCACGUUGUGUGCUGGGCUCUGGACAGGCGGAAAAGACACUUGCAAGGGUGAUUCUGGGGGUCCACUUGUCUGUAAUGGUGUGCUUCAAGGUAUCACGUCAUGGGGUCCUGAGCCAUGUGCCCUGCCUGAAAAGCCUGGUGUGUACACCAAGGUGGUGCAUUACCAGAAGUGGAUCAACAACACCAUCAUGGCCAACCUCUGAGUGCCCCUGUCCCACCCCUACCUCCAGUAAAUUUAAGUUCACCUCA